CCGCGCACGCAGUGAUCUGAUUGGGUGCUGCAGAGCGCGUCCCGCUGUGAGAAGAGUCUAAGGAGGCUUUAUAAACAGAAGACCCCAUGUGUCCAUUUGAAACUUGACUUCUUGAACAGUUUAAGUAUUUUAUUAGUCAUCGACGCAUUAUUCCCGCUUUUCAGAAUGUCUACAGAAAACUUCAGAAUGUCUACAGAAAACUUUUCAGACUUGGAGCUGGAGCUAACUGAUCUGCUCCAGGAGUUCGCUGAUGUGGUUGAGGAGUUGAGAGAGCCUUCACAAAGCGUCCCGUACGCAUACGAGCGGCUCCUGUCUGAAGCCAAACGGCGCACCGGGCUCGGGGACAACGGCUCAGUGGUCAGCGACAGCGGCGUGGAGGACAAUAGUGAUUGCAGCAGUGAGGUGUCUCUGGGUAACAGUUGGAACACCAGCGAAGAAGAGCUCCACACUGCAGGCAUAACAGUGACGCCCAAAGCCAGAAUGGGAGACACAGGAGAGCUACAGAGAUUCAUCGACAGUUUGGACCGGGAACUUGCUGAUAUGUGAACGGAAAGAGACGGAGAGAUGUAGACGGAGAGAGACGGAGAGAGAGAGACGGAGAGAGAGAGACACGGAGAGGGAGACGGAGCGAGACGGAGAGAGAAGGAGACGGAGAGAGACGGAGAGAGAGACGGAGACGGAGAGAGACGGAGAGAGAGACGGAGAGAGAAGGAGACGAAGAGAGAGACGGAGAGAGACAGAGAGAUGUAGAGGGAGAAAGACGGAGAGAGAGACGGAGAGAGAGACGGAGAGAGAGACGGAGAGACGGAGAGAUGUAGAGGGAGAGAGACGGAGAGAGACGGAGAGAGACGGAGACGGAGAGAGACGGAGAGAGAGACGGAGAGAUGUAGAGGGAGAAAGACUGAGAGAGAGACGGAGAGAGAGACGGAGAGAGAGAGAGAGACGGAGAGAUGUAGAUGUAGAGAGAGACGGAGAGAGAGAAGGAGAGAUGUAGAGGGAGUCAGACAGAGAAGGCGAGAGAGCUGCUGAAACCACGUGGAAAGAGAAGAGAGAACAGGCUGCAUGGAUGGCUACUGCUGAACACACACACACACACACAGAGAGAGAUCUAAAAUAGCACAGUUCUGUCCUGUUGUGUUCGGAGAAAGCCAGCUCUCUCCUGGUCCCUCUUGGGAAAAAAAGGUUAAACAUGAGGAAUUAAAAGAGCAUCUUGUUCCGAUAUCUAGAACACCACUGGACCUGAGGUGGUAGACUACAUCCCUUCCCUCAGACUGGUGACGUAUUCACACCUAAAUCAUGCUGUCUUAUAGUCAAUGUGUCUCUCUUCAACAGGAGAACAUGAACGUGUCUCUCUUCAACAGGAGAACAUGAACGUGUCUCUCUUCAACAGGAGAACAUGAACGUGUCUCUCUUCAACAGGAGAACAUGAACGUGUCUCUCUUCAACAGGAGAACAUGAACGUGUCUCUCUUCAACAGGAGAACAUGAACGUGUCUCUCUUCAACAGGAGAACAUGAACGUGUCUCUCUUCAACAGGAGAACAUGAACGUGUCUCUCUUCAACAGGAGAACAUGAACGUGUCUCUCUCUGAAACAAAUCAAUGGGAGGAAGCAGAAGAGACUCCACAGUAUCUUGUGAUCAGUAAGUGUUUAUGCUAAGCUGCUGUUUCCUGGUGGAAGUCCUUAUAAUAGUGAAACCCAUUGUUAUCACAACCCAAUGUGUUGGAAUCUCCCCAUGUACAGUAAUUGUGAAAAUGCUCCGUUUUAUAUUGUAAAGUGCAAAGUGAUGUACAGUAUUAUAUUAUAUUAUACUACAAACAGACCCUAACCGGAUGAUGAUAAGGAUUUUUGUACAGAGGAAUAAAGAUACGUAUUUAAAAAAA